AUGUCAAAAAACUUGCAGAAGUUGUUAGUGAAAAUUGAAAAUGGGUCUUUCUACAAAAAUUUCUCUGGAAAAACGAGAAAGUAUGUCUUCUCAAAUCCCAUAGAGCAAUUCCACAUUUGCUCGCAUGAAAACACGCCCACUUUUUGGGGAGUCACCGGUCCUUGCAAGUCAGAUUUCUUGAAGAUUUUAGCUUCCAAAUACUAUUCAGACCCACCAUUGGCCCGUACUUAUCCUCACUUACUGGAAAAAGGACAUGUCAAACCAAUCCAGUUUAUGGAUUUCAGAGACAAUUCUGGACUCGACAAGUGUCAUAUGGCCGCAAGAUAUGAGGCUUACUCUUUCAAGGGUAAGUUGGAAAUGGAUGAAGAUGUGAAUUCAUUAUUGAACUUCGUGACUGGUGCGAAUAACUACAAUCAAAACUUGAACGGCAAUAUUGAUAAAGAACUAACUGAAAAGCUACUCGCUGAAUUUGACUUGAGCCUGUCUAAACACAAAUGGAUUAAUGCUCUCAGUAAUGGACAGAUGAGAAGAGCUAGAAUCGCAAAAGCUAUUCAUGCGAAGCCACAGCUCCUUGUGAUUGAUGACCCUUUCUUGGGACUCGACCCCAAGGCAACUUUACUAGUCUCAGAUGCUAUCAGGAAGUUAGCAUUAGAUUUGAACAUCAGUAUAGUGCUAGGCUUAAGGACACAGGAAGAGGUUCCUAUCUGGAUAAAAAAGCUUGCUUUCGUGAAUGAGACUGGAUUAUCGGCUAUCGAUGAAGAUUUUUCGAUGAAAAAAGAUAGUUCCACGACCAAAUUUGCUAAGCCUAUUCAUAAAGAUAUAUCUGCAUUUCGUGAGAUACCUUCCCCAUCGCCCGAGUCGGCUUUCAUUGAAUUUACAGACGCAUCAGUCGUUUACAAAGGUGUACCGGUAUUGCUGAAAUUUAGCUGGAAAAUUGAGAGAGGGACAACUUGGAGAAUUCUUGGUGAGAAUGGGUCUGGAAAAACAACAAUUUUAUCCUUAAUAACGGCGGAGCAUCCCCAGUCUUGGAAAUCGUUUUUAAGCAUAGACGGAAUCGUCCGUAAACCGGGGAGUGGUGUAAACUACUUUGAUAUCAACAACAAAAUUGGCAUAUCAUCUCCUGAGCUUCACGCAGUUGCCCCAUUCAAUAUGAAAUUUCGCUCUUUGGUUUUAAAUGGUCUAGUCAGAGACGUGGGUAACUCCAACUUCAGAGUAUUUUACAAAAACGCAGAGCUUCCGCCAAACGCUUCUUCAAUCUUGCAUUAUUUCAAGCCGGAGAUGGACGAACAUGGCAAUACCCCUUUCUGUGAACUCCCCGUUUCGCUCCAAAAGCUUGCGCUUUUUAUGAGAGCUGUAAUAAAAAGUCCAGAGAUUCUUAUUUUGGAUGAGGCAUUUUCUGGUAUGGAGGAACAAUUGGUGGCAAAAUGUCACCUGUUUAUUGAGAAACAGCUAAGCCAAACUACAAUCUUUGUUAUUGGUCACUUAGACUGGGAGGUCCCUUCUCAUGAGUUUGUUUUGAGAUUGAAUGGUGGUUCUGAGUUGUCUUACAAUUUUUUUGCCUUGAUUAAAGAAGACGAGUAA